CACAAAUAAAUACUUUAUAAUAAACACACACUAGGUUGAAGGUUAUCAGUUGAUAACACCUCGGUGAAACAUGGUAAGAAUAUUUAGAAAAAGAUUUGAUUUUUCGAAAAUUAUUCCAAACCGGAAUAUCUCCAGCUUGAUUUCUGUCGUGGUAAAUGAUAGUUCAGGAAUAGCGACUGUAAGUUUACAGAAACCACCUGUCAACACUCUAAACUCUGAAAUUCUUGAAGAACUAUCUGCUACAAUUACCAACCUAGAAAAAGAAAAGGCCAGGGGUUUUAUUCUUACGUCAUCGAGGGAUGGAGUUUUCAGUGGCGGACUGGACUUGUUCGAAAUUUAUAAGCAGCAUGAUAAGGAAAGGAUGAAGAGGUAUUGGAACGUAGUAAGACAAACAUGGAUGAAACUGUCCACUACUUCGUAUCCAACUGCGGCUGUGAUAAACGGACAUGCCCCAGCUGGGGGCUGCUUAUUCUCGAUAGCUUGCGAAUACAGAGUUAUGACUAAAAACUACCGGAUAGGAGGAAACGAAACAGUAGUUGGGCUGGUAGCUCCAGUAUGGUUCAUGGAGCGAAUGAGGGACCUCAUCGGUUUCCGACAGACCGAAAUGGCUUUCACCACCGGCCAGCUCUUCACUACGGAAGAAGCCCUGUCUCUUGGCCUGGUGGACGAUAUGGUGAACAACAAAGAAGAAGGAAUCUCAAAAGCUGAAGCUUUUAUCAAAAAAUUCGAUAAGAUUCCUUCGCGUGCUAGGUCUCUGACGAAAAAGCUCGCUAAAAAAGAAAUGUUGGGGAAGAUGAUCAGAGAAGAAGAACUAGACACGAAACAUUUCGUGCACUAUAAUAGUAAACAGGAGACCCAGGAAAUCAUAGGGAACUAUCUCAAAGGAAUUAAGAGUAGAUCUAAGGCGUAGCAGCGAUAUUUUUCAGAAGUACUUGUAUUUGUCUUUCGAAUGUUGGCGAAUUGGAAAAUAAAAACAGAGUCAAUUUGA